UCGUGAGCAGCGAAAGCCGGGAGGGCGAGCAAGAGGGAGCAGGCAGCAGGCAGCUGGCCCCAGGCAGGCGGGCAGACGGCAGAGGGGGGGAGCGAGCGAACAGUGAGUGAGCCAGCGAGGGCGGACGCGUCCCAAGAGCAGCCGAGAUUCCUCCCGUCUCUCUGACCCCCUCCCCGGAGCCCACAGCGCCUCCGGUCUCCAGCGGAGCGGACACGGCCCGGCCCGGCCAUGGCCUCGCUGCUGAAGGUGGAUCAGGAAGUAAAGCUCAAGGUUGAUUCUUUCAGGGAGCGGAUCACAAGUGAGGCAGAAGACUUGGUGGCAAAUUUUUUCCCAAAGAAGUUGUUAGAACUUGAUAGUUUUUUGAAGGAACAAAUCCUAAACAUCCAUGACCUAACUCAGAUCCACUCAGAUAUGAAUCUCCCCGUCCCUGACCCCAUUCUUCUCACCAAUAGCCAUGAUGGACUGGACGGUCCCACUUACAAGAAGCGAAGGUUGGAUGAGUGUGAAGAGGCCUUGCAAGGAACCAAGGUGUUUGUGAUGCCCAAUGGGAUGCUAAAAAGCAACCAGCAGCUGGUCGACAUUAUUGAGAAAGUGAAACCUGAGAUCCGGCUGCUGAUUGAGAAAUGCAACACGGUCAAAAUGUGGGUACAGCUCCUGAUUCCUAGGAUAGAAGAUGGGAACAACUUUGGGGUGUCCAUUCAGGAGGAGACAGUUGCAGAAUUAAGGACUGUUGAGAGUGAAGCUGCAUCGUACCUGGACCAGAUUUCUAGAUAUUAUAUUACAAGAGCCAAAUUGGUUUCUAAAAUAGCUAAAUAUCCCCAUGUGGAGGACUAUCGCCGCACAGUGACAGAGAUUGAUGAGAAGGAAUAUAUCAGCCUUCGCCUCAUCAUAUCAGAACUAAGGAAUCAAUAUGUCACUCUACAUGACAUGAUCCUGAAAAAUAUCGAGAAGAUCAAACGGCCCCGGAGCAGCAAUGCAGAGACACUGUACUGAGGCCAGGGCCAGAGCCAGGGGACUCUGUGAGUCUGGCUCAAGACCGACAUUGCCUUGGUUUGUUACAUGACUGUCGUGAUGGGGAAACUGGCUGGAAAUAGUAAUCACACCUGUCUGUUUUUAGUUCGAGUCUAAUGAAACUCUCAUGUAGUUCUGU